AUGGGGAGCAUCUCGAGACGACUAAACCAGCUAUCCGCUCAACUCGACCAUCGCAAUCACAACAUUAGGCCAGCAACCUCACUUGCUCAACCAGCUCUGCGCCCUUCUGCCAGCUUGAUAAUCAUCCAGCCACUCCAAUCGACCACUCCAGAUGGCUACAACUAUCGGACCCUCUUGAUGCAGCGUAAUUCGACUCAGCGUUCAUUCCCGGCUGCACACGUCUUUCCAGGAGGCAAUCUCGAUCCGGAUGAUCACAACUAUCAGUCACUCCUCAAUCAUCCAGUUUCGAAAGACACGUCCGGCGAACCUUCCGAACUUCAAACCGCCCUAAAGCUCUGUGCAAUUCGUGAGACGUUUGAGGAAGCUGGUAUCCUCGUUGGGCUAUCUCCUGGUGUAGACACUCCGAGCUCAGUUCUGACAGAUUUUAGGCUAAAGCUGAAAGAAAAAUCCACUGAAUUCAACAGCAUUGCUCAACACAUUCAAGCUCAUGUGCCCAGUGCCCAGAACAUUCAAGGAAAUUUAUUCAACUUUGAUGGGUUAGCCCAUUAUGGAAAUAUCUUGACUCCUACGACAUCACCUAAGAGGUGGGAUACUCAGUUCUACCUGUCCAUCUUGCCAUCGCCUUCCGAAAGCACUACAACCCAGGAUGAUUUACAUGUAGCAACGCCAGAUGAAUCAGAGACGGUCUCAGUAGUGUGGCUGAGCCCCGCAGAGGCUUUAAAACGAUCCGUCAUGGCACCUUCCGAGCGGAGUGACUCCAUCACGCUCCCGCCCCCUCAGUUUUAUCUCCUCACUGACCUGGCUCGCUGGAAAGAUUAUCGGCAGCUCAGAAAUUAUACAAAACGGAAGGUUUUUCCAAUUACUCCUGAAAUCGUCAAGCAGAAAUCUGAAGGAACUGCGACUUUUGUCGUCGUAUUUCCUGGUGACCCCUUGCAUUCGACCUCGAAAGAAUUGUGUAAGAACGCUUCAGUCGAUCAGCAAUCGAUCAUCCAUCGGAUCCAUGUUCGUCAUGAGGCCACUAACUUCGGAUCCCAGCCUGGCAACUUCUUUCGACCCAUGAGACUUCAACGUUCUGGAAUGUAUCAAAUUUUUGGGAGUGGAUGGGAAGACUUGGAUUGA